CUUGAGGGUUGGCUUCAGGACGCAGGACAGCAGUUGGCUGUGGUAAAGGAUCGGAAUGCCUUUGAGAGGGAGAAGAAAAAAUGCAUGUCCCCAGUUGAUUUUGAGUUCGUCACAGUGGGGAAAUUCGGCAACCUUCUUCAACUCCUAAACCUAGAGGACACAAGGAGUUCAGCUGCAGCUGUAUUAGGAACGCAGAGACCUGGAGGAGAUUCUGGUGGUGGUCGAGAUUUUCCAGGGGGAGGCUUACCCGUUUCUGCAGUUUUAUAUGCGUUGACUUGUCGAGCUUACCGACCAGUAGCGCAGGUAACUCGUGGACCGCCAUGGCUGAUGCGCUUACUGCUUCUUGGCUACAUGUCCAUGUUUUUUUGCGGUUGUUGUGUAAGGAAAUUGCAGUACGGCGUGUGGUUUGGCGACAGUGGAAUGGAGAUAUUGAUGUUAUGGUGGCAGAAAGAAAGAACUACUGUGGACCACGGGAGCUCAUCCUUACACUGCUUUAAUCAUUGGCGUCGGUCGCUACCUGGUAAUAUCCACGCACACCUGGCUGAUUACGCUGUAUGCCUGCUACCCAGUACUCGAGAUGUACAGGCGAUUACGACUGGCCGAGAUGUUAUUGGCUGUGUUCGGAGACGCACGGGCACUGGCGAACUUGGAACAGAAGUAUAAAAAAGUAGACGUUAAUAUUGGUGUCGGAGGAGGAGCAGGAAGUCGUAUACGACAAGAAGGAGAACAAGGAGGACCUGCCUCUAGGGGUCAAGGUACAACAAGCGAUGCUGGAACUACUUCUACUGGUACUAGUGGAACUACAGUCUCAGGACUGAGUAAGACUUCUGCAACUUCUGAUGGCAGAAGUACAAUCGACGAUGUCAAGAUUGAGCCUAGGCGUAGAUCCAAGAUCAAGCAGGUUGUGAGCGAAGUGAAUGCAAGUGCGGACAAAGCAGAUGGAGAGAUGAUCAUUGGGUCGCAGGUGGUGGAACGGCAUCUCUCGUUGACCGCGUCGCAGACCCCUGGUGUUGUAGUAAGUACGACAGCACUACGUGCGGUAGGCCGGUUUAAGAAAGGUCAGAGUCGAGCAAAGGCGAUAGAAACAGGUGAGGGGACUACUCGUGUGGGCCUUUCGGGUGAAGCUCAGAGCGAGGCUCAGAGCGAGGCUCCAGGCGGCGAGAAUAGGACUCUUAGUAGUACUGCUGAGCCAGCGUCAAAGGUGAUGAACCAUCAUCAAAGUAGAGAAACUGACUAUACGGUGAAAGUCGAUGCUAGGACUGAAGAAUUACACAAAGACGAGGAGAUCCGAGGACGUCAUAUUGCUCAAUCGUCCAAACCUCCUCCACCGACUCCUCUUCCUCCGCUGUCUGACUACGAGUUUGUAGCCUUGCACCAAAUCGGCCUGUCCACCGUGUCUGACCUCGUGGCCUUCCACGCAGUUUUGAGGGUUGCCGGUAGCGGGACAUUUUUCCUCAAUUUCGGAACGCGCUACUCCUCAGCUUUUGCGGUGAAUUAUGAAGAAGAAGAAGUAGUUUCGUUUACUUACAUUUACUAGAAGAGAUCACUAGAAGUACAAGCAAG